AUGGCCCCAAUGAAGGUCCUCAUAAGCGGCGCCGGCAUUACUGGCAAUGCCCUCGCCUUUUGGCUCUCCAAGCUCGGCCACAACGUCACCGUCAUCGAACGCUUCCCCAGCCUCCGCACGACUGGCCUGCAAGUCGAUCUCCGAGGCCACGGCGUGACAGUUAUGAAGCGUAUGGGCCUCGAGGAAGCGUUCCGUGCCAAGUCUGUGCCCGAGCAAGGCCUUGCCAUCGUCGAUGGGGCGAACAGACGGCGUGCUUUUUUCGGGGUUAACAAGUCCGGAAAGGGGGUACAGAACUUCACGACCGAGUAUGAGAUUAUGAGGGGUGAUUUUUGCCGCCUGAUGCACGACGUCAUCAAAAACAAGGUAACUUUUCGGUUCGGAGUCUCGAUUGGCAGUUUCAAGCAAGAUGGCGACGGUGUCGACGUUGAGUUCACAGACGGCAAGGCGGAGCGCUUCGACUUCGUAGUCGGUGCCGAUGGCAUGGGCUCGAAUACACGCAAUCUGAUGCUCGGCCAUGGUGCGCAAGACGCUCUGCGCCCCAUUAGAGGCUCUUACACCGCAUACUUUACCAUUCCUCGCCCCAUUCAAAAGGGCGAAGACUACCACUCAACCAUGUACUUGGCAACUGGACGACGAGGCAUGAUGACGCGGAGACAUAGCCCUGAGGAGAUCCAAGUGUAUCUCUCUUGCAACAAUCCGUCGGAGAGAAUGGCGAAGGCUCAUAAAGAUGGAGUGCCGGAGCAGAAGAAGAUGUUGGCGGAGAUCUUCCAGGAUGCGGGAUGGCAGUCAAAGGACAUCUUGCGGGACAUGUUCGACUCGGACAACUUUUACUGCGAGCGUAUGGGUCUCGUCAAGCUUGAUUCUUGGUACGAUGGCAAGGUCGUUCUUGUUGGUGAUGCGGCCUACUGUCCGUCGGGACUUACAGGAAUGGGAACGACUUGCGGCAUUGUGGGAGCCUAUGUCCUCGCUGGGGAGAUUGCCCGUCACUGUGGCAAGGCAGAGGGCGGAAAGGCGCCUACUGAUGGCCUUGACGUGGCUUUCAAGGCGUAUGAUGACAAGUUGAGACCGUUCAUCGACCAAGUCAUUGAUGGCGUCGGCGAUGACUCGCUUUUCUGGAAACUGAUGCCUGAAUCAGCGUUUGCCGUUGCGCUUGUCAACCUGCUGUUGGGGAUCGCCGCGUUUCUCAGACUGAACGUUCUUGGACAGUGGAUUUUGAGGGAGAAUGUGAAGUGGACACUGCCCGAGUAUGAUGAAUUGAAGUGA